AUGGGUGAAUUGAAACAAGAUUUAAUUGAAAGUUUUGCAGAGUUUCUUGGAACUGCAUAUUUUAUAUUCUUUGGAGUUGGAGGAGGUCUUGCACUCUCAAACAAUAUCGCGGAUUCUAAUCCCGGUGUUGCACUCAUCGCGGGACCGUUUGCAUGGGGAUUUUCUCUCUUAGUAAAUGUUUGGAUUUGGGCACCGAUUUCGGGCGGAGUGCUUAAUCCUGCUAUCACCAUUGGAUUAAUGGUCAUUGAAGAAAAAUUUCGUUUCAUCAAAGGAAUCCUAUAUAUUAUUGCACAGUUCUUAGGCGCUUUACUUGGUGCAUAUUUAAUUGAUGUUGUUCAACCUGGUCCAGCUGGUGGUGCUACUACUUUGGCUGAGGGAACUACAAUUAUGGAAGGAUUAUUGUUGGAAACUUUUUGUACUUCAAUACUCACAUUAGCCGUGUUCAUGCUUGCUGUCGAAAAACAUGCAAUAUUUAAAUGGAAUAAAGCGUAUGAGGAUAUAAGAAAUGAUGAAACACCAGGAGUCGCAGCGCUUGGAAUCGGAUGGGCACUCUUCAUUUCUGGAAUCGCAGCCGGACCAUAUACGGGAGCCAGUUUAAAUCCAGCAAGAACAUUUGGACCAGCUUUGAUCACAGGAGAUUAUGGAACAGCAAACUGGAUUUAUUAUCUUGGGCCAAUUCUUGGAUCAUUAUUAGCAACGGCAUUCUUGACAUUAUUUAAGAAACUGGAUUAUCGCGAAAAAAGUCGAAUCAAAGAACCCAAAAAUAAACAACGAGAAUUUUUGAAUCCUCAAGAACAAGAACAAGACGUCGAACAAAUCCAAAUUAUAAAAUAA